AGUGGAUUAAAAUUAUAAACAUAUGAUAUAUAAUUGAAAAUAUUUUACAUAAUUAAAAUAAUUAUUUAAAGCUAUGGCGAUAUGUUCAAACGAGUACACAUAAAUAAAUAUAGCCUCUAAGCUUAUAAGGACACAUUCACACCAUUCCUAUGUAAUUAAAAUAUGUCAUCAUCCAUCAAUUACAUGAUAAAUCAAAGUUUAUAUGUAAUAAAACAUAUAUUUACAUAUUCUUGCAUAGUGGUUUCUAUUAUAUCACUAAUAUUAUGGACCUCUAUAUGGAUAUAUUGGAUGUUUUAUUUUUUCUACAUGCCUAAUAAUGGAUUUUCUUAUCCAAUAUUCUGGAAAUUUAAAUAUGGACUGAAUGGCAAAUUGUUAUCUUUCCCAAGUGCAAACAUAUCGCUUAACAAGCCUUACGCUGCUUGGAAUAAACAAAUCAUGACACCCGACCAUGAAUACAAGAUAGAUUUGGAAUUGGAAUUGCCUGACUCCGACAUUAAUCUCAAUUUGGGAAUGUUUAUGUGCAAUAUUCGAAUGCUUUCCCAAUAUGAUCAAAUUAUCCGAAGCUCUAACCGAUUCGCCACGCCACAUUACCGCUCAAAACUCAUGAGGCUUAUCAGAACGCUAGUGCUCGCUCCGCUCUUUCUCCUUUCCCUCAAGGAGGAAAAACAAACCCUCGUCGUAACACUCAUCGAAACCUUUACCGAUAAUAAGAACGUUCCAGCUUCUAGGGCAUGGAUCGAAAUCGAAAACAACAAAAUCCAAAUAUAUUCAUCCACUUUGAAGAUACAUGCUCAUUAUAGUGGAUUAAGAUAUCUAAUCUACAAUUGGCCCCUAUCAGCCGCAUUUUACGGAAUUUUGAUCAACGUGUUACUCUUAAGCUCAAUACUAUUUUUGUCAUGGUAUCGAUUUAAUCGUCAUGUGAGUCCACCGACUAUUUCUACAUCGAAAUCCUUCUCCACAAAAUACGAUAAAUUUAUCAUGAAAAAUCCAAAAAGCGGUGAUUCGCCCAAAUUAGCUCACCACCCUCAGGUUACCUUCAGCGAAGACAAAGAAAUACCUCGCAAAUCCUUACCCUACGAUGACACCGAAAACUUCAAAAAAUUUGACUCUAUACUUCAAUCCAGAACUAAGGCGCCAAAGGAUUUCAAAACCCGUCCUUACAAAUCCCUGGACCAAUACCUUCAGAAGAUUUACCUAGAUUUUCAGGAAAAACACAAAAAGGCUAUUUUAAACUCCCCGAAACAUUCGAUCGUUUCUCAGAUCGAAAAUUUAUCGAUGAACCAACCCAAAUUCGACAACAAAAAAGAAGAAUUCGACAGCAAAGCGCUUAACGAAUUUAGGACUAAAGGCCUCAAACUUUCAAACGAUUUUUCCUCGGUCGAUCGUUUGAGACGUUCUUUUUCGCACUUGGAUCUGCUUGAUUUAAAUUUAUAUGAUGAAACUACGGAUACCUUCGAAAAUUGUGAAUUAGAAAAUUUAAGAGAGACUAAGAGAAUACUUUAAUUUUAAAAGGUAUCAUUUUGAAAUUAAAAUUUUUUUGUUGUUCGAUUUUUAAGUUUUUAAUUUAAGAUUAAAUGGAAGUUAGAAGAUCAAUUAAUGUAUUAAAAAAUAACUAUCAAAUGUCUUACUGCGGUGUGGCUCAUCUUAAUUUCUCUUUUUAAUCCUCUAGGACACCUUUUUUGUUCUUUUUAUUAAUUUUGACAAUUGCGGCCUCAAUUAGAAAAUACAAAAUAAAAAUAUAUGAGAUGGGUUUAAAAUUUGAAUUUUCAAAUAUCUCUUUUUUCAAUUAUUUCUGUUAAAACUAUUGUUCAUGAUUUAAAGUUUUUGAGCAUAUGCCAAAGAAAUAAGAUAAAUAUUUGAAUAUCAUAAAUCUAGGUUUAUAUAUAAAAAAAAUGAUUGCAUACAACUUAAUAUGAAUUUUGACAAAACGAUUGAUUCAUAACCUGUUUGUUAUGUGAUUUAACAUAAUAUUGCUAAGCUGUGCGAUAAUAUUAAAUAAUUGAACAGCUCAAUUUAAAAAUGAGGUCCACACAUAAAAUAGCUCGAGGAUAUAUGAGUAUAAAAACAAAUAAUGAGGGAAAAAAUGAUAAUUAUAUUUAAUAUAUUUUUUUUUACAAAUGGUGAAUAAAACAUUGAUUUGUCACGCGAAAUAAAAAAAAAACUACUUAAAAUUAUAUAUUAUUUGAAACUGUAUACACAAUUGUUAAAUUUAUACGCCUAAGUAAAAUUAUUCUGCAUAAGCCUAAUUUG